GCCCGAACUACCGACCCGCGACCAGUCGUCGUCACUAGUACUAGAGGCGCGCGAAGAUGUGCGUCGAAUACUAUUAAGGGUAGGCUACAGGUGCUUUUGUUACCGUUUGUUAUGGCUCUCCUAAGGGGGACAGCCAUAACAAGGGGGAUACAUUAUAGACGAACACCAAGAGCCUACCUCUAAUACUAGAAGGAGGCGGUAGCUUAUCUCGGAUAGAAUCUUCCCCCAUGGAAAAGAGGCAGUCAAGACAGCCAGGAGCUGUAGUACGGUCAAGACAGCAAGGGCACGAACGUGAGCAGCAAC